UCUUAUAGACUAAUUGGGAUAUAAAUACUUAAAAAAUGAUUUUCUAAUGAACCUCCCUUAUUUUAUCUUUUAAUACUAUUUCGACCAAAAAAAUCGAAAAAACAUCUUCCCAAACACCACUUAUGUCUCUCGUAUAAACCUCACUUAACAUGGAUUCGAAGCUCCUCCGUGGCAGUUGAGAGAGAGAGAGAGAGAGAGAGAUAAGAGAGAGAGGGAGAGGGUGAUGUUGGAGAGCAGACUCGUAUGGCUAUUAAUUUCUUAGAAAAUUUUUAUUUAUUUUUCUAUAAUUUAAUUUUUAUUUUCUUAGAAAUUUUUUCUAAAAGUAUAUUUUAAAAAUGAACCAAACAGAAUUUUAUAACAAAAAAUGUGUCAGCAUUAUUCAUUAAAAAAAUGUCAUUAUACUUCAAACAACAAACAAAUUAACCAAUACAAAAUAAGUUAUAUAACGACUUUGCUCGUAAAAUGAACCGUUUAAAAAUGAAACAUAUUUGAUUGUCCUUAUUUAAAAUAAGAUUCAAAAUUUAAGAUUAAAUGUAUUAUAAUUAAAAAGUUACGGACUAAAGUGACACAAACCCUAAAUUAGAGGGUGUAACGGCCCAAAAUGCAAGUCAUAAUUAUAUUAAUUGAAUUAUGAGUUAGUCAUUGAUUAUGUGAUUUAUUUGUGCAUAUCUGUUCAAAUUGGGAAUAACCUGUUGACAUUACGAUUUUGGAAUUAAGAUUGACGACCUUAAUGGGUUCAGAAAACGGAAUGGAAUACAUGGAUAUGUUAAUGGGAAUUUUUAGAACCAUUUGGGAAGUUCAAUUGAAAAUUGAUUCCGUUUGAUUCAUUGUGUUUGGUUGGCCUAAAUAGAUAUAUAUGACAUAUUAUACAUAUUUGAGCUUAUCUUUAUCCCUUUCAAGAGCCAUAAAUGUGUAGAGAAAGAAAGAGAGUUCUAGAGAGAGAGAGAGAAUAUGAAGAAUGUAUAGAGAUUGAAAGGGAAACUCAAGAUUUAGCUUGGAUUCUCCAAGAUUGUGCAAAAAUAAGAGUUAAUGAAGGCUUUAGGUCAGACGCCGCGUCCUACUCACGUAAUUCAAGGAGCCAACUAGAUCUCUGUCAGUUCCACUUCAUGGAACUUCUGUUUGCUGUAUUGAUGGCCAUCAUAUAUGACUUUUCGGUCUUCAGGACCGUCUGCUCAGUCUUCAUGACCGUUUGUAUUGUUCUGCUAUUGGAUGUACCACGUAUGACUACUAUGCUUUCUAUGUGAUCAAGUGCAUGAAGGGACAUAGUGGUGCUGACCUAGCCUCAGUUUUGUCAAGCCAUUUUUUGUGCCUCACCGCGAGGUUCUCAUCGGUCAAGUGUCGAGGCUUUUGGUUGGUACAGAAAUCACCCUUUUGGGAUUCAAUUAUAUAUCAUGAAUAGUUUAUGAUCUUUGUGUACCCUUUUACUAGUGGGAUUGAAAUCCCACUUUUGCUUAUGUUUUGGACACACCUUGGUGUGGAUUGUUGUACAAGAUGGUAUGUAAGGAUUAUUGUAUGUGGGUAAAUUGACGGUUAUGUAUGUACAUGUUUGGUCAUAUAGUUGC